CCUCCUGGGCACUGUGCCAGCUGGGGAGGCUGGUGCAUCUUUAAUGAAGUCACUGGAUCCCUCAGACAGGCUCUUGGCCUCACCAAGUUCCUAGGGCCAGACUCACUGGUAUCCACUGAGCCACCACCUUCCUGUGCUUGGGUGCCAGACCCCUUCCCCCUGCAGCCAUGAACCAGGCCUUCUGGAAAACCUACAAAUCCAAAGUGCUACAGACACUGAGUGGGGAAUCUGAGGAAGACCUGGCAGAGGAGAGGGAGAACCCAGCAUUAGUGGAGUCUGAGACAGCAGAACCAACCGAGGAGACCUUCAAUCCCAUGUCACAACUGGCCCGCCGGGUUCAGGGGGUCGGGGUGAAAGGCUGGCUGACAAUGUCAUCUCUGUUUAACAAAGAAGAUGAAGAUAAGCUGCUACCAUCAGAGCCUUGCGCUGACCACCCUCUGGCGGCGCGACCCCCCUCGCAGGCGGCGGCGGCGGAGGCGCGCGGUCCGGGCUUCUGGGACGCGUUCGCCAGCAGGUGGCAGCAGCAGCAGGCGGCAGCGUCGUCCAUGCUGCGUGGCACCGAGCCCACUCUGGAGCCGGACCCCGAACCCGCGGACGAGGCCGCCGAGCGCCCCGAGUCGCAGGAGGCCGAGCCGGUGGCCGGCUUCAAGUGGGGCUUCCUCACUCACAAACUGGCCGAGAUGAGGGUGAAGGCCGCGCCCAAGGGCGACUAGCGGGCUGGCCGAACCCGGCGCCCGCUGCUCCCACCCCUGAUAAAAACCCUGGCCGGACAGUCUGUGUGACCGCGUGCUUUUGUCCAGACAUCCAGAAAGACUGCUUUUGCGGGGGGCGACCUCAGGCGGGGUCCAGCUGGAGCUCACCAAACAUACAAGGCGAAAAUGACCAGAGUCAGCCCGUAUAUCAGGAUGGGUUUUUUUUCACUUUUUUUUUUUUUUUUUUUUUUGAGACGGAGUCUUGCUCUGCC